UCCUUUCCCGGCCCCUCCCGCCCCUGCCCCCAGCAGCCCCCAGCCCUCCCCGCUUCUCCAGAGCCCGCCCGGCCGUCGCUCCGUCCGUCCGUCCGUCCGUGCGUCCGUCCGGGGGGCAGGGCACGAGGCGCCGCAGACCCAACGCCGCCAGAUGCGUCUCCGCGCCGCGCCGUGCUGGGGGCCGUCCCCGGGGGUGCUCCCCUGCUGCCCGCGCUGCUGACCCCCAGCCCUCUGCCCCACGCUGCCCUGCCGGCUGCUGCUGCUCCUCCAACGGCUCCUGCCGCGGCCCCUGGCUCCUGCUCCAUGCUCAGCAUGCCCCUGUCUGGCGGACCCGGACCCGCUGAGGAAUCGCUCUGGAGCUCGAGGCCAGCCUGCAGGGAAAUGGAGUCAAAGGUCUCCGAAGGCGGCCUGAAUGUCACCCUCACCAUCCGGCUGCUGAUGCACGGCAAGGAAGUCGGAAGCAUCAUUGGAAAGAAAGGAGAGACCGUGAAGAAGAUGCGUGAGGAGAGUGGGGCAAGAAUCAACAUCUCGGAGGGAAACUGCCCCGAGCGAAUUGUGACCAUCACCGGCCCCACCGAUGCCAUCUUCAAGGCUUUCGCCAUGAUCGCCUACAAAUUUGAGGAGGACAUAACCAACUCAAUGAGCAACAGCACUGCUACCAGUAAACCUCCAGUGACGCUGCGACUGGUCGUGCCAGCUAGUCAGUGCGGCUCACUGAUUGGCAAAGGAGGCUCCAAGAUCAAGGAAAUCAGGGAGUCCACAGGUGCUCAGGUUCAAGUGGCGGGGGACAUGCUGCCCAACUCCACGGAGCGGGCAGUGACAAUCUCGGGGACACCCGACGCAAUUAUCCAGUGUGUCAAACAGAUCUGUGUGGUGAUGCUGGAGGUACAGUCUGUAACAAAGGGGUCCCCACCAAAAGGUGCCACCAUUCCCUACCGCCCAAAGCCCGCCUCCACCCCUGUCAUUUUUGCAGGUGGUCAGGUAAGAGCCGACCCGCUUGCAGCCUCCACUGCCAACCUCAGCCUUUUACUGCAGCACCAGCCGCUGCCCGCCUACACGAUUCAGGGACAAUACGCUAUUCCACACCCGGAUCAGUUGACCAAGCUCCACCAGUUGGCUAUGCAGCAAACCCCCUUUACUCCCCUUGGACAGACCACCCCCGCUUUCCCUGGAGAAAAGCUGCCCUUACAUUCCUCCGAAGAAGCUCAAAAUCUGAUGGGCCAAUCAUCAGGUCUGGAUGCCAGUCCCCCGGCCAGUACUCAUGAACUCACCAUUCCCAAUGAUCUAAUAGGCUGCAUAAUCGGACGCCAAGGGACCAAAAUCAAUGAAAUUCGGCAGAUGUCUGGAGCACAGAUCAAAAUCGCCAACGCCACGGAAGGGUCAUCAGAGCGCCAAAUCACCAUCACGGGAACCCCUGCCAACAUCAGCCUCGCUCAGUACCUCAUCAACGCCAGGCUGACGUCUGAGGUCACUGGAAUGGGCGCACUCUAAUUUCCACCCACCAUCCUCCACUCCGCACCACCCGACCCUCUCCAGCCAAGGGCACUCCACCCAGCCUGUACAACCUGUACAUUUACCGUCUUCCCCUUACCUCCACAGAUACUCUUUUCUUUACUAACAGAUAUAUAUAUCUAUAAAUACACACACAUAUGCACCCACCGGAACGUUUCUUUAUGACCUCCUUACUGUGCUCCUGAGACUGCUCCCGAACUCUUUGGUUAUGGUCCUUGUUUUCAGCGUACGGUGUUCUUACUUCUGCUUUUUUUUGGGGGGGGGGAGGGGGGGUUCCACUUGUGAGACUCGAGAAUAUGACGACGGGUCUCUAGUGUCAGCCUAGCGUAGCUACCUAAAGGUUUGCAUUGAGCCUGGCGGCUCUCGCUGUAACCUAUGGCAUGGUGAUGCCACCCAGAGCUGUGCUCACUUUCCUCCCCGUAGUCCCCCCCCCGGUGCUCCCACUCUGCUCGCUUCUCCCCUCCCGGCUCCCCUCUGCCACCUCUCACCCCUGCCCUGAGGAUAAGGCGUAGCUUUUUACCCCUGUGUUAUUUUGGAAGCAGAACGUGCAGGAGCCAAGCCUACAUGCAUGCAUGGGUUCACGCACAGACGUCUCUCUUUGCAACAUGGCAGGGUCCAGACAAGCCAUUUUUAAUACUCAAGGAAGGGAAUCUCCCUCUCUCUCACACACACACUUACACACACGAUCCCUCUUUUUUAACUAACAAGCAACUGGAAGCGGGAAGAAUUCAGCUGUAUGGGAAUCACACCCCCAGGGGCCCAUGAAAGCACUCUGACAAUCCCCACGAGCAACCUUUGGACAGUAGCUCAGGAAGCUCUGCGAGCCGGCUGUGUUCAUCAGUGUUUGUGUUCAAUAAAUGUCUGUGCAGCUCUGCUAC